AUGGAUCCCCCGGAGUUUGCAGGCGGUCUUGACCCGGUGUUAGCUCAUGAUUGGUUGGCUGGUAUGGAGAGAUUUUUCCAAGCAAUCCAGUGUAAUGAGGAGGAAAAGGCUGUUUAUGCUCCUGAUGAGUUAUGGAAGAUUGAUCAAUUCUUGAUGGAGAACAGUUUGAAGAGGGUUCAAGAAGAGAGGAACCAGAACAGAACCAAUUUCUGGGAACAAGGAAAAUCUGCUCAACACCUAAAGCCCCGUAACCCUCCAUCCAAGAAGAAGCAGGGUUAUGGUGACCACUCUAAUUAUCCUCCUCAGUGUGAUAAGUGCAAGAGAAGACACCAUGGUGAAUGCAAGCCAUAUUCAGUUACUUGCUUCGAGUGUGGGGAGCCGGGCCAUGUUAUUAAGAAUUGUCCAAAGAAGAAAACUCAGGAGAAGACUGCAGGGCGUGUUUAUACUUUAGAUGUGAAGAAGGCCAAAGGAAACAACAACCUCAUUGCGGGUACGUGUUAUGUAAACAACCAACCUUUAUGUGUUUUAGUUGACUAUGGAGCUACUCAUUCUUUUAUCUCUACCGAGUGUGCAUACCGACUUAGUUUGGAAUUUACUCCAUUACCCGACCCUAUGGUCAUUUCUUCGGCGACGGGUGAUACAGUGGAAGCUCGACUAAUUUGUAAAUAUUGUUCAGUGUCUUUUAAUGGUCGUGACUUCCCUAUUGAUCUAAUUUGUUUACCCCUUAAGAGACUCGAUGUCAUUCUUAGAAUGGAUUGGUUGUCUCCUAACUCGAUGUAUAUUGGUUGCAAGCAGAAGGCGAUAUUCAUUCCUGCAUAA